AAUUCGAACAAAUAAAACUAAAGGUUUAGAAAAGAAAAAAAAUGGCAUCCACAGCUCCAUCACCUUUUCCAAACAAUCAGAUCCACCCCCCAAAAAUUGGCCGGAAACCACUUCAACCUAAAAACAUUCCAUCAAUUCCACUUACCACCAAUCCAAAACAACCUCAAAAAUGCAUCCAAAACUCAAAUAAAGAGAAUCUUGAUUUUUAUUCAGAUUUUUCAACAACCAAAAAGGCAACAAAUCCAAUCAGCAUUAUUCAGGCAGAGCCAUUCGAUUCAUCGUUAGCUGAGGAGCUUAGCGCGAUUCGUGAAAAGCUAGAAAGACUGAGAAUCGAUAGAGAGAAAACAGAGAAGAUGUUGAAAGAAAGGGAUUUGAUGUUAGAUUUGCAGAUGAAAGAGAUGUUAAACAGAGGAGAGGAACAGAAAGAGCUUGAGCUUGAAGUUGAUCGGCUUUUUCGAUUAAAAGAACUCAGAUUAUCCUGCACGCUAAGAAUUUCUCCAAUUCGAACGCUGAGGGAGAAGGAAGAAGAAAAGAAGAUAAAAGGAGAUCAUCUAAAGGAGCUGAAUUACGACGAAGAAGAUGAAAUCAUGACCGAUAGCUCAUCGGACAAGGACCCAAGUGCAUAGGGAAUGAAUUUUAUAGCUAUAGUCACAGCAUUUUCCUUUUCAUACAAUUUCGAACCUUCAACAUACUAGUUGUUGGUUAAUUGUGUCAUGUUGGACUAUCAUUCUAUUGUAUAAAUAUAUCUUUGGUUUUAUCAA